AUGGCGCCUCAAGGUCGUAAGUCGCUAGCGGCCCCGCGCAAUACGCAGGAAAAAGUGUAUGAGCUUGGAAAGCAAGGGAGGAAAACGGGCGUGACCCUGCCCGAAUCAGGGGUACGCGACGAAAAUGGAAUUGAGUCUUUCAAGGGCAUCUUUGACUCGCCAGGGAAGGGCAGCGCCGCAUCUGAUAGCGACUAUGAUGAGAGCAGCGAGGAGGACGAGGACGAGUCGGAGGCCAGCAUGGACAUGGACAUCGCGGAGACCCCUGGCCCGGAACCCCUUUCACUGCUUGCUAAGCACACUCAGAGCUUGCGCCGACCGACAGCCAAGGCGAAAUCACCCGCCCUUACGAGCCUGCAAUCACCACCAGUUCGCGCCGGGCAAAACUCCCCCUUACGUCGUGCGCCACCGGCUGCACCGGUAAAUGGCCACAAGUCAGCUACGAUGCGGUUGAACUAUGAUGCGCGGCAGCACGCACUUCCGAAGCCUGCUGCGUUUGGUGGCAAUGCUUUGCAGAAUGGAACAGAGUCUGAAGAGGAAGAUGAGGAGUAUGGGGAGGAGGAGGAUGAGGCUGUGGUUGGUGGUGAGGAAGACAGGGAGAUGUCUCAGGAGGAAGUCGAAGAAUUCAUCGAGGAGAGCAUGCAGAUGUUGGAUGCUGGAGACGACGACGGCGAUGUUGAGGAAAGCGAGCCGGAACCGGAACCGGAACCGGCACCCAAGCCAGCACCGGUCGCGAAGCAGGCGAACGUACCAAAGAAACGCGGUCGUCCACCGAGAUCAGCCGACAGCACCCUGGAGCUGCCAGAACAGGCACAAGACGAAGGCAACUCCAGAGCAACAGCGGAUUCGUCGCCUCCAGUCACCAAGAAGCGCGGUCGGCCAGCCAAGGGCGGCAAGGCGAAGGAUAGUCCUGCUGCUAGACUGUCUUCCGGAAAUUCGGCGAAAAAGCGUGGAAGAGGGGUGCGGACGUCCAAUGCAGACAGCAUCCCCGAGGAAGCAGAACCGGAACCCGAAAAUGCACCUGCAACUAAGCGUCAGCGUGUUGCUGCUGGUCCGGCCGCUGCCAAGGGGAAGCCAGGCAGCAAGCCUACAGCUUCUCUUGCCGGCCCGCAAGCAGUAUCUUCGACUGCGACAGCAAAACCAGCAGGCAAAAGAGGCCGUCAGGCCAAGCAUUCUUCGGGCGACGGAGACAGUGGUGCAGCGGACGAGUCUGUCGUUAUCAUGCCGCGACCACCCCUGCCAAAGCGUGGCGGUCUGGUCAUCAGUCGACCUGAAGAAUCAGAUGGCGUGGUCCGCACACGAUCAGGGCGUAGUUCGUACCGACCACUACAGCGCUGGCGCAAUGAACGCGUCGAGUUUGAACAGGUUCCAUUGGAUGCCCGGCUUGAAACAUCAAAAAACCGUGACCUCCUUAUGCCAAGAAUCAAGGAGAUUGUGCGAGUGGAAGAGGAGGAGCCGCAGGCCACGAAGAAACAUGGUUCUAGGCGAGGUGUAAAGAAGGGCGGGCGCGGAAGAAGGCGGACUGCCGACUCGGAAGAUGAGGACGACGAACCUUCACCCUGGGAACAGGAUCCUGGCGAGCUGAUCGUGCCAGUCCAGCAGUGGCAGCCUGAGCACGAGUUUGACCCACCCGGGCCUGACGACGAACUGCCCGAGGGCGAGGACGUGGUGGCCGUAUCAGGACCAGCAAUUAGGACCCGCGAGAUCCUGGGGUCGAGUUUCCGGUUCACCAAGACACUGAGCCUACCGUUCUUUGGAACUGGAGUAGUGGAUCUGCCGCCAGGAGCGGAGAAAAAGGCCAAAAACUCUCGCAAGAUGCACAUGACCUUCAUAGUGCACACGGGGAGGGUCACUGUCACGGUCAACAACACGGCCUUUUCGAUUGGCAAGGGCGGCAUGUGGUUUGUGCCCAGAGGCAACUAUUACAGCAUUGCGAACGAGGGCGCGAAGUCGUCCAGGAUAUUCUUCGCGCAGGCUUGCGAAUAUAGAAGACCUGAUGAAGAGGAGGAUGGCGCAGCGACUGAAGGCAGCUAA